CUUUAGGUUUUUAAUUUUGAGAUCAAGCUGUCGUUGUAAAGCUAGCAAUUCUUUAUUGGAUACUUUAGAUUCUGUUGUUGUUUGCUGUGUAAUAUAUGUUGUCACGUUUCGUAUAGCUGCAUUGGUAGCAUGACUUAGAGCAAUUCUUGAUACAGUACUAACAGUAGUAACAGCUAGUUUGCUAAAUAAAUCUUCUAAAGACAUUAUAUUUUAUGUGGUUGAAAGAAAAAAAAAAGAAAAAAAAAGAAAGAAACGCGAAUGACCCAAUCUUUUUUUUUUUUUUUUUCCUGCGAUAGCCUAGAUAGAAAAAAUGGCGGACAUGCAAAGUGAGGAAGAUAAAAGAAUUGUCUUUUUCUUUUUCUUUUUUUUUGUUCUUUUUUUCUCUUUUUUUCUCUUCUUCACAAACCAAUGACUACAACAGCAAAAGAUACCAUUCCUACAUUUCGCAAGGAAGUUGAACCUGGACGUGUUUUGACUAUGAAGGCAGAUGGUACUGGAUUAAUAGUAGUUGAUCCUUGGUUGGAACCUUUCAAAGAUGACCUUCGUAACAGAUAUGCUUUUUUCGAAAAAUGGAAAACGAUUAUCGAAAAUUCACCUGGUGGAUUCGAGAAUUUUACCAAAGGAUAUGAAUAUUAUGGAUUCAAUGUUGAUCAAGAUGGAACUAUCACAUAUCGGGAAUGGGCACCUAAUGCAAUAACUGCUAGUUUGGUGGGUGAAUUUAAUGAUUGGGAUGUGAAUGUAAACCUGAUGAAACGUAAUGAAUUUGGUGUUUUUGAAAUUAUCCUUCCUCCUAUCAAUGGCGUACCAGCUAUUCCUCAUAAUUCCAAAGUCAAGAUCAGUAUGACUUUACCCAACAAUGAAAGGAUUUACCGUCUCCCUGCUUGGAUCAAUCGUGUUACACAAGACCUCAGUGUUAGUCCUACUUAUGAAGCUGUCUUUUGGAAUCCAGUAGAUAAAUACAAAUUCAAGCAUCCAAGACCAAAACAACCUGAAAGCUUACGUAUUUAUGAAGCUCAUGUUGGUAUAUCUACUACUGAACCAAGAGUUGGUACUUUCAAGGAAUUCACAAAAAACGUUCUACCUCGUAUUGCUUAUUUGGGAUAUAAUGCUAUUCAACUUAUGGCUAUCAUGGAACACGCUUAUUAUGCUUCUUUUGGAUAUCAAGUUACCUCAUUCUUUGCUCCUUCCUCUCGGUAUGGUACACCUGAAGAUUUGAAGGAAUUGAUCGACACAGCACAUGAAUUAGGAUUGGUAGUAUUAUUGGAUGUGGUCCAUUCCCAUGCUUGUAAGAAUGUGGAUGAUGGAUUGAAUAUGUUUGAUGGAAGUGAUCAUUGUUAUUUCCAUGAAGGUGGCAAAGGACGACAUGAACUUUGGGACUCACGACUUUUUAAUUAUGGCAACUAUGAAGUGCUUCGAUUCUUAAUGUCCAAUUUACGAUACUGGAUGGAUAUAUUUCAGUUUGAUGGCUUCCGAUUUGAUGGUGUAACAAGUAUGCUUUAUACCCAUCAUGGUAUUGGUUAUGGUUUCUCUGGUAAUUAUCAUGAAUAUUUUGGUGCAAAUGUGGACGAUGAAGGUGUAAUGUAUUGUCAAUUGGCCAACUAUUUUUUACACAACAUAUAUGAUCAAGUUAUUACUAUUGCAGAAGAUGUUUCUGGUAUGCCUGGUUCAUGUAGACCUGUUAAUGAAGGUGGACUUGGUUUUGACUAUCGUCUUGCUAUGGCUAUGCCUGAUACUUGGAUCAAAUUACUCAAAGAAGUCUCUGAUGAUGAUUGGAAUAUGGGUCAUAUUGUGCAUAUACUUACUAAUCGCAGACACUUGGAAAAAACCAUUGCGUAUAGUGAAUCUCAUGAUCAAGCUUUGGUAGGAGACAAAACACUUGCCUUUUGGUUGAUGGACAAGGAAAUGUACACAAAUAUGAGUGACUUGACAGAACUCACACCUGUGAUUGAUCGUGGUAUUGCUUUACAUAAACUGAUUAGAUUGAUUAGUCAUGGUCUCGGUGGGGAAGGUUAUUUGAACUUUGAAGGUAAUGAAUUCGGACAUCCUGAAUGGCUUGAUUUUCCUCGGGAAGGCAAUGGAUCAAGUUUCCACUAUGCAAGACGUCAAUGGAAUGUAUUGGAUGAUCAUUUACUUCGAUACAAAUAUCUGAAUGAAUGGGAUCGUGGUAUGCAACUUACUGAAGAAAAAUAUGGAUGGCUUCAUAGCUCACAGGCUUAUGUAUCACGCAAACAUGAAGGGGAUAAAGUGAUUGUAUUUGAACGAGCGGGGGUUAUAUUCUUAUUCAACUUUCAUCCAACUCAAUCGUAUACUGAUUAUCGAGUGGGAACUGGGUUCUCUGGAAAAUACAAGGUAGUAUUGAAUUCUGAUGACAAACAAUAUCUUGGCCAUGGACGUGUAGAUCCUAAAUGUGAAUACUUCACUACUUCUGGUGAUUGGGAUAAUCGAUCUAAUUGGAUUCAAGUAUAUCUUCCUACUAGAACAGCUUUGGUAUUGGCAAGAGAAGAUUAG